CCGCCCUCUGUCUGUUCCUGGCUGAGGCGGGGCGGCGGGAGCUAUGGCGGCUGUGACAGAUGUGCAGCGGCUACAAGCCCGUGUGGAGGAGCUGGAGCGCUGGGUGUACGGGCCGGGCGGGUCUCGCGGCUCGCGGAAGGUGGCCGAUGGCCUGGUCAAGGUGCAGGUGGCUUUGGGGAACAUCGCCAGCAAGAGGGAGAGGGUGAAGAUUCUGUACAAAAAGAUUGAAGACCUGAUCAAAUACCUGGAUCCUGAGUACAUUGACCGCAUUGCCCUACCUGAUGCCUCUAAGCUGCAGUUCAUCUUGGCAGAGGAGCAGUUUAUCCUCUCCCAGGUUGCGCUUCUGGAGCAGGUGGAGGCUUUGGUGCCCAUGCUGGACAGCACUCAUAUCAAAGCCGUUCCUGAGCAUGCCGCCCGCCUGCAGCGCUUGGCCCAGAUCCACAUCCAGCAGCAGGACCAGUGUGUGGAGAUCACUGAGGAGUCCAAGGCUCUCCUGGAGGAAUACAACAAGACUGUAUCCUUUCUGCUCAGCCAGGCCCCUGAGGAGUGCUGUCCGGAGCCCUGUCCUUUUAUUCCAUUUCUAGCUCUGUCCCUCAUCCCAUCCCAACCAGCCUGUCUAUUCUCCUGCUUCCCGACACUUUAGGCAGAUGCAAACCUCUCCACUCCCUCUCUCAGAUGCCUGUUCUCACCUUGACCUGCGACCAGACAAUGCUUCUCUCCAAGCAGUUCGUGCAGUGGGAUGAGCUACUUUGCCAGUUAGAGGCUGCCAAGCAAGUGAAGCCAGCAGAGGAGUGAUGGCUGCUUCCCAUCCUAGGGUGGGCCAGGGCAGCCAGGCUCCAGGCCCUGUACCCACCUGCCCUUGUAACAGGGCAGAGCAGAGGCAGCUCUGUAUUUAUUGGAUUCACAGCCUACCCAUCUGCAUUCAGGUGGGGCUCUGGGGUCAGAGGUCUGGCUACUUGAGAUUUGCUAUUUGCACCCCCUCCCCUCAUCAGUGUCCUGUUCCAGAGACAAUAAACUGUACAGAUCACUGGA